AUGGCGGCGUGGCAGCCACUGCAUUCCCUCAGCACCACCGCCUGGCUCGCCGCCGGCUUCCUCUCCCUGGCCCUCCUCCACCUCCUCUGCUGCUCUCCCCCCGUCACCCAGCACGCGGUGUUCACCCCGCUCCUCCAAUUCGCCAACACCACCUUCUCCUCCCUCUCAUCAUCAGGACGGAGCUUCAGCUGCGACUACUCGGAGGGGCGGUGGGUGUGGGCGCCGGGCCGCGCGCGGCGCUACAACGCCACCGCGUGCGGCGUCAAGGAGGGCCAGGACUGCCUCCGCAACGGGCGCCCCGACACGGGCUACCUCGACUGGCGGUGGCAGCCGGCCGCCGCCGGGUGCCCGCUGCAGGCGUUCGACGCCGCGGCGUUCCUCGACGCGGUCCGCGGCCGGCACGUCGCGUUCGUGGGCGACUCCAUGGCGCGGAACCAGGCCGAGUCCCUCUUCUGCCUCCUCAGCGCGGCGUCCCCGCACCGGGUCGUGCACCGGGACCCCGAUGCGCACCGGCGCCAGUUCAUGCGCUGGGCGUUCCCGGCGCACGGCGUCACGCUGUCCGUGUACUGGGCGCCCUACCUCGCCAGGUCGGCCGGCAAGUCGGAGAACUACAGCAUGCCGUACAACCUCGUGCACCUCGACGCGCCGGCGGACCGGUGGGCGGCCAACGCCGAUACCAUGGACGUGGUCGUGCUCGCCGCGGGCCACUGGCUGCUCAACUCGGCCGUCUACCACAACGGGAGCCGGGUGAUCGGCGCCCACGCCCACCCGGAGCUCAACCACACCGACAUCGGCUACGCCGCGCCGCUCAGGCAGGCGUACCGGACGGCGUUGGAGCGGCUGAGCUCGAGCUCCGGCGGCCGCCGGCCGCGCACCGUGGUGCUGGCCACGUUCUCGCCGACCCACUUCGAGAACAACCGGAUGGACGACCCCGCGGCGUGCGCGAGGAAGGAGCCGUACAGGGACGGGGAGAAGGAGCUGAACAGCGUGGAGGAGGAGCUCAGGAGCAUCGUCGUCGAGGAGGCGGAGGCGGCGGCAGCUCGGAGGAACGCCGGCGAUGUGAGGUUCGAGGUGCUGGACGUGACGAAGCUGGCGGCGAUGCGGCCGGACGGGCACCCCGGCCCGUACAUGAACCGCGACCCGUUCGCGCACGGUGCGCGGGAGAGGAUGCAGACCGACUGCCUGCAUUUCUGCCUGCCCGGGCCGGUCGACACGUUCAACGAGAUACUGCAGCAGAUUCUGACCAAGAGGCGGUGGUGAGAUUUCAGACUUGGCGCCGGCGGUGUGGGGGCGCUUUUGCGUUUUGCCUUGUCGGUGUGAGACACGGGUGCAUGCAUCCUCUGGAAUCUGGAUCGGCCGAUUUUGAUCGGAUGGAUACUGGUUAUUGUUGGC